GCCCAAGGUAAGAGUGAAAAUGAUAGUAAUCCUUUAUUCUACCAUACGCGCUUCUAAUUAGGUACGCUAAAAUAGUACGCGUACCAUGCGCCUAACUGACCUGAUACUAGAACAAAUACCCUGCGAAUUAGGGGGGCGCCGGAUGCUAUCGUCAAGGAGAAGACCUUGUUGAUCAAUUCCAUCUUAGCGACGACGAAUAAAAUCGAGGUGGCGUUGCAUCAAGCAUCUUGUUUUGUUCAUCGGAAUCGCUACUAGGUACCUGAUUGUUGAUCUUACUAUUCUCAACCAAUGGGAACCUGCGCAACCAUAUAAGUGAACAUGUCGUGCUCUUUAAAAGUAGCAUUUGUUUAGCAACCUAACUUCCUAAAAUAACUACACACAACACACAACAAACGACCUGUGUCGUUUGACUGGAAAAGACGCCUGUUUUUCGUAGCCCGUGUGUGCUUCUCGGCCGGCCAAUUGAAUUCAAAGAAGUUGUCACAUAAAACUAGGCUUGCGUGGCGCAAGCAAGUCUCGGGGCUUUUCUGCUGUACAACAUAUUCGAUACGAUUACCUAGAUCAUAAUAUUAGCCACUCAUCGAAGAAAUCCCCAAGAAAAGAUGACUCUCCAAGUGAUCGUCGUCGGCGCAGGCAUUGGUGGCCUUUGCGCCGCCGUCGCCUUGCAAAAGGCCGGCCAUUCCGUGAAGAUCCUGGAGAAGUCCCGCUUCGCAGCCGAAGUAGGCGCCGCUAUCGUCAUUACCCCGAACGGCGAACGGGUUCUGUCCCGUCUGGGCUUCGAUUUUAAGAGAGCUCGCGUGGACGUUAUGAACGUGUUCGAGGUAUUAGAUGGCGUUUCGUUCAAGCCUCUCCAUCGAGCUAAACUCGUAAACGCCCGUGCGGAGUAUGGGGCACCAUUCUAUACAGUUCACCGAGUUGAUCUACAUAGCGAACUUCUCCGUAUAACGUCUGGUUUAGAUCUUCAAUUGGGAGCGCGUGUAGUAGAGGCUAAUGCAGACCAAGGCUAUGUGAUCCUUGAAGACGGAACAAGACAUUAUUCCGACCUUAUCAUUGGAGCAGACGGGCUUCAUUCAAUCCUAAGAGGCGCCGUUCUAAAGGAUCAAGGUGUGCCCAAACCCAUCCCGUCUGGCAUGGGCGCCUUUAGAUUCAUGAUUCCCACGCCGGUUUUACAAAAUGACCCUCAUUUUCAUGCAUUGAUGGAGAUGAAAGGACAAGGAAAUAGUGUAUUAGCCGAUACAACUUCAGAGACACAGCGUCACAUGGUGUGGUAUACUUGUCGAGACGGGCAGGUUCAGAAUUUCGCCGGCGUUCAUGACACCUUCGACGCGGAUGGUGAUGAUCCGAAAGCUCGCAUGUUAAGGCAGUUUGGACAUUAUCACCCCGGUCUGACUCAUCUGGUUAAUGUGGCUGCCGAUGUCACUGACUGGCCUCUUUUCUUCCUCGAUCCGCUCCCAUCUUGGCAUCGAGGGAAAGUACUCCUAAUUGGGGACGCUGCUCAUCCGAUGCUUCCGUUUGGUGCACAAGGGGCGAAUCAAGCUAUCGAAGAUGCGGGGGCGCUAGGUGUCCUUUUCGGUUGCAAUGAACGCGCAGAAGACGUCUCUAAUCGGCUUGCCCUCUUCGAAAAAGUCCGCAGGUUGCGUGCAUCGAGAAUCCAGUCGCUAUCGAGAGUCCGUCUGGGGGAAGAGAAGGAUGUAGAGGCCAGAGUUCGCCAAUAUGCCGACCCUCCAGGCUCGGAUGUGCCGACUACGUUUGAUGAACGUUUGAAGCACGAUUAUCGAUACGAUGUUGUUGAAGCAAGUAUGGAGGUAUUGGCUAAGGGGGGGAGGAGGAGACUCGCCAGGGCGAUGUUAUCUUGA